CGGCUGGCGCGGGAGAAGGCAGCAAGGGGCGCCGCCGGAGAGGGCCAGAAGGAGGAAGAGGGCAGCUUGCGCGUCCUUCUGCUGUCUGAGGGGACGCGGCUGUUGCUGCUGCCGCCGCCGCCGCACUUUGCCUGCGUCGCCACUGGCCUUCGCCUCCCUCUGUCUCUCUUGUGCUGCUGCUGCCGCUGCCUCCUGCCCGCCUGCGAGUCCUGCCUUCUUGCAAGGGGGCCGCCUCCUGCUCUGGCCGCCGCGUUGCAUGGGGCGCGGGCGCUCGGCGCUUUCCAGAUAUGGUCAAGGCGGCGUCGGCGGCGGUGCUGCUGCUGCUGACGGAGGAGCCGGCCGCGGGCUCUCGCUGAGCACCGGCACCCGCGGCGGACCCGGCGGAGGAAGAGGAGGGGGGCGAGCGAGACGCGGCGGAGAGGGAGGAGGAGUAGGAGCGCUCGGCGCCCAGAGCCAGCCGGGGAGCGACGGGCGAGGCUGUCUGCAGGUUGGAAAACAUUUUGUCAUUGGUCAGACGAAGCAAUCAUGGUGGGAUUAAAGAAUCCAACUGCCUUUCUUGGUGGUCUUCACCUUUUAAGUGUUGUGCUUUUACUAUUGCACGUGGACCAAGUGCAUGCGGAAAAUCCAAAUGAGGAACAAGACAGUAAACCAAAUUGCACUGGUUCCUACAUUUGCAAGAAAGGGGUAAUUUUGCCAAUCUGGCUACCUCACGAUCCUUCAUUUGGUGAUAAAAUAGCAAGAGCUACUGUAUACUUUGUGGCUAUGGUCUACAUGUUUCUGGGAGUAUCUAUCAUAGCUGACCGCUUCAUGUCAUCAAUAGAAGUUAUUACAUCCCAAGAAAGAGAGAUCACAAUCAAGAAACCCAAUGGUGAGACUACCAAGACUACGGUCAGAGUUUGGAAUGAGACUGUUUCCAACUUAACACUGAUGGCUCUGGGCUCUUCAGCACCUGAGAUCCUCCUUUCUGUCAUUGAAGUGUGUGGCCAUAACUUCACUGCAGGAGACCUUGGGCCAAGCACUAUUGUCGGAAGUGCUGCCUUUAACAUGUUUGUUAUCAUAGCACUAUGUGUCUAUGUCGUUCCUGAUGGGGAGAUCAGGAAGAUAAAGCAUCUCCGUGUGUUUUUUGUCACAGCGGCUUGGAGCAUUUUUGCCUACACUUGGCUUUACCUAAUUUUGUCAGUCAUAUCUCCGGGGAUUGUAGAGGUCUGGGAAGGCUUGCUCACCUUUUUCUUCUUCCCCGUCUGUGUCGUGUUUGCCUGGAUUGCUGACAGAAGGCUUCUGUUUUACAAAUACGUCUACAAGAAGUAUAGAGCUGGCAAGCAGAGGGGCAUGAUAAUUGAACAUGAGGGUGACAGACCGGCCUCCAAAGCUGAUAUUGAAAUGGAUGGGAAGGUAGUUAAUUCCCAUGUUGACAGCUUCCUGGAUGGCACCCUGGUCCUAGAGAUGGAUGAAAAGGAUCAAGAUGAUGAAGAAGCAAGAAGAGAAAUGGCCAGGAUCCUUAAAGAGUUGAAACAAAAGCAUCCAGACAAAGAAGUUGAACAGCUGAUAGAACUAGCUAACUAUCAGGUUCUCAGCCAACAACAAAAGAGCCGAGCCUUUUACCGUAUUCAGGCUACUCGUUUAAUGACUGGAGCUGGAAAUAUAUUGAAGAGACAUGCUGCUGAUCAAGCAAGGAAAGCCGUCAGUAUGCAUGAGGUCAACUGUGAAGUGGCAGACAAUGACCCUGUCAGUAAGGUCUAUUUUGAGCAGUGCAGCUACCAGUGCCUUGAGAACUGUGGCACAGUGGCCCUAACUAUUGUCCGCCGAGGGGGUGAUUUGACCAAAACCAUCUCUGCUGACUUCAGAACAGAAGAUGGCACAGCCAAUGCAGGUUCUGAUUAUGAGUUCACUGAAGGGACUGUGGUAUUUAAGCCAGGGGAAACGCAGAAAGAAAUACGGGUUGGCAUAAUCGAUGAUGAUAUCUUUGAGGAGGAUGAGAACUUCCUUGUUCACCUCAGCAAUGUGAGGGUCUCCUCUGAAGAGCUGGAAGACAGUGUUCUGGAGGUGAAUCAUGUCACAAAUGUGGCUUGCCUGGGGUCACCUGCUACUGCCACUGUCACUAUAUUUGAUGAUGACCAUGCUGGCAUUUUUACUUUUGAGGAACCAGUCACUCAUGUGAGUGAGAGUGUGGGCACCAUGGAAGUGAAAGUUCUACGAACAUCUGGAGCUCGAGGAAAUGUUAUUGUGCCCUACAAAACAAUUGAAGGCACAGCCAAAGGAGGUGGAGAGGACUUUGAAGAUACUUGUGGGGAGCUCGAAUUUCAGAAUGACGAGAUUGUCAAAACGAUAUCAAUCAAAGUAAUUGAUGAUGAGGAGUAUGAGAAAAACAAGACCUUCUACAUUGAAAUUGGGGAGCCCCGUCUGGUGGAGAUGAGUGAGAAGAAAGCCCUGUUGUUGAAUGAGUUUGGUGGCUUCACGAUCACAGGGAAGCUUUUGAAUGGCCAGCCUGUCUUCAGGAAGGUUCAUGCUAGAGACCAUCCAUUUCCUUCUACUGUAAUCAACUUUCAAGAAGAGAAUGAUGAAAAGCAGCCACUGACGAGCAAGGAGGAGGAAGAGCGUCGCAUCGCAGAAAUGGGGCGUCCAAUUCUGGGGGAGCAUACAAAGCUAGAAGUCAUUAUUGAAGAGUCCUAUGAGUUCAAGAACACCGUGGACAAGCUCAUUAAGAAGACAAACCUCGCUCUCGUAGUUGGAACAAACAGUUGGAGAGAACAGUUUAUUGAAGCUAUCACUGUCAGUGCUGGUGAGGAUGACGACGAUGAUGAAUGUGGGGAAGAGAAGCUGCCCUCCUGCUUUGAUUAUGUGAUGCACUUUCUGACCGUCUUCUGGAAAGUCCUUUUUGCCUUUGUCCCCCCAACGGACUACUGGAAUGGUUGGGCUUGUUUUGUUGUGUCUAUCUUAAUGAUCGGUCUCCUGACAGCGUUCAUUGGAGAUUUGGCUUCCCACUUUGGCUGCACCAUUGGCCUGAAGGAUUCAGUAACUGCAGUCGUAUUUGUUGCACUGGGAACUUCCGUGCCAGACACAUUUGCCAGUAAAGUAGCAGCAACUCAAGAUCAAUAUGCAGAUGCUUCCAUAGGUAAUGUCACUGGUAGCAAUGCUGUGAAUGUUUUCUUGGGAAUUGGUGUAGCCUGGUCCAUCGCUGCUAUUUACCAUGCAGCCAACGGCAAUUCAUUCAGAGUCGACCCAGGCAACCUGGCUUUCUCCGUCACCCUCUUCACUAUAUUUGCUUUUAUCAGUGUUGGCGUGCUCCUCUACCGGCGGAGACCGGAGAUCGGAGGUGAGCUGGGUGGGCCACGGACUCCCAAGAUUCUGACCUCAUGUCUCUUCGUUCUCCUUUGGCUCUUGUACAUAUUUUUCUCAUCUCUGGAAGCCUACUGCCACAUAAAGAGCUUCUAAAGGAACUAUUGGAAGAUAGCAUCUAUAUGUAUCUAUAUAUAUAGAGAGAGAUAUAGAUAUAGAUCUAAUAUUAUUGAAUGAAGGAAGAAGAUACAUUUGCCAUGUUCACUUAUCUACUGAUGGAAUGUAGCUUUGCGGUAAAAGUUUGAAAUCUGCAGGAUUCUUCACCAGGGGCAGCACUAUAGGAAUGGAGGCAUCGAUGCAGGGCCGUCUUUGCAACUCUACCUACAAGAUCAUGAUGGAGUUACUUUUAAUCCCCCCACCCCCCCAGAUAAGGACCGAUCUGAAUGCAGUGACAAAAGGCCAGGGUUACCUAUGUCAUGUUGGGCUUAAGGAGGAGUUCUUGACGUUCUUUCAAAUAACUUUGUUGCCUUCUUCAUAUCUCAAGAAUGAGCCGAAUCAUCACCCUUGGGGGAAAAAAGUGAGUGUGGACUGCCAUACGAAGUCCAGGGGAUUUCUAGCUCAUGCUGGUUUCUGUUUUUAUGUUUUACAUUUAUUUCCCCUUAUACUGUCCAGAGUAAGUUCAAAUUUUACACCAAUCCUCUUUGUGGUUUUUCUGGACUCUCCUUAUGAUCAGUGUACCCAAUUUCAUUUUAAAAAGGAAACUUCUCAAACAAUAUCUGACCAGUGCUCCGUUUGCUCCCAAACUGUAGAUUACAGACAUAUGCCCAAAGCCCUAAUGUCUAACUCCUGCUUUUUUCCCCUCCUCUUUAUUUUUUUUUUCCUUCCUUAUUACUGUUGUUACGAUAGAUCGGGUCAGACUGAAUCUCAGUGGCCUCCCAUGCCCUUCCUCUCUGCCAGUCUUUACUGCUGUGCUCCUUCUCAUUACUCCUGUUUGGGAAUGUUUUCAUGGUACUUGUAGCACUUUGCAUGAAUGAAGCAAACCAUAAUCUGUAAUAUAGCAUCGAAUAGCGAUAGUCUGUUCAGCAAUGCCGUUGGAACAUUGAAGAGGCAAGCGUAUUUUCUUCCCACCUUUUUUUUUGGUCUGUUUUUCCCAGCGAACAGGAUGAGAGGCAGAAAGUCGUGGGUAUUCUUUUGCUGUUCAUACAGUCCUUAAGAAGCAAUAACCAAGAACUGUGGAGUUGCAGAUAUUUUUAAAGGGAAGAAACUUUGCCAGAUGCAGCCAGUAGAGACUUAGGCCACUGUGGGAAACCGUGCUUAGAAUGAACAUGAAUGUAGGAAGCUGCCUUAUUGUGAGUCAAGCCAAUGGCCCAUCUAGCCCAGUCUUGUCUGCUCUGGCAGCUGCCUUUCCCAGCCCUGCUGCCUUUUAACCAGAUGCUGCAUGGGUUGAAGCUGGGUCUUCCUGCAGGCAAGGCAUGUGCUCUGCCACUGAACGACAGAUGAGUAGAGCCUGCUUUGUGUCUAGUCUGUAUGAACUCAGUGGGGCUUAGCCUUGUUCCUAUCAAGAGUUUGUUAUUGGGUUGAAGCCUAAAUAAAAGCAGUAUCCUGGGGCUUGCUUUUUUCUUUUCUUUUUUUCUUUUCUUUUUCGGCAAGCAUCAGUUCACUCCCACAAUGUAUUUAUGCUGCAUUUUCCUCUAUCUUCAAACUGCUGAUGCCAAAUGUUUGGUCUCCCUGAUUGUCUCUGCUGCAGCAGUGUAAAAACCUGUAUGUAGGCUGAUGUGGUCUUCACGAAGGGCACCUUGAAGACAGAUCAAUUCAAAUUUAUUGCUGUCUGGUAGAUUUUAAAACAAUCACCACCAUCCACUAACCUUCAGAGCUGUAAAGUGUUCUGCUUAGCAAAGUGACAGAUCUUGCAUUGUCCAGAAGUGAAUGCAUGUAUCCUCAGAAGUCAGAGAUUUAACUACUGUUAUUUAUUACUGGCAACAUACCCCAUGCUGAACAAUGCACAGAUAGGUUCCAAAACAGCCUCCUGCUCUGGAGAUCUGUCAUGCAGGUACAGUGCAAUUGCUCUAGCUGAAAGUGCUUUUUUAUUGCUAUUUUUGUGGGGGGGGGGGGUCAUUUUCAUUCAUCUUUUUCACAUACCAGUCCCCUUCUUUGGUGCUCAUGGAAAGAAUGCCCUAUCAAAAGGAGAUCAGAACAAGGUAAGUUGGUCCCUGGAGGUGCAUUAACGGCUGCAUGCAAGAAGCCAGAUGUCAGAGUUGGGAAAUCAUAUACAUGGAGGGGACAACCACUUCAGUACAGCAGGAACCAAAGAAAGGAGAUGAAUAGGACUCACUUUCACUGGACGUUGAAUUCAAUCAUGAGAAAUUAGGCAAGCAUUGCCAGGACCUCUGAGGAGCUAAAGAAGAGGGCUGUCAAACAUGUAGCCUGAGGUCCAGACCCAGACCCUUGAGAGAGCUUAUCAGGCCUGUGAACCAUUUGGAUGUGUAGGUGGCAUAUCUAGAACCCAUAAAAAUGAAGCCCCCAUGUAAACAUUCCCUUAGCUGCAGUCACAUUUGUCAGCAGUAAGCAUGUAAUAUGUCUUGUUUUUCCAAAGGGUAUAUAUAGAAUGAAGCAGGUGCAGAUCAGCAAAAAGAGAAAUCCAUCCAUGAUUCCCUAAAAUGUUAGUCUUGCUUAGGAGCUGCCUUGAAUCAAGUGACAUACUUGGUCCAUCUGGUCCACUGCUGUCUCCUCUGACCAGCAGUGCUCCUUUCUGUCUUUCCCAAGCCAGCUCAAGCAUGAAUCAUGUGCUGUACCACUGAGCUGUGGGUUUGACAGUCCUAGAACCAGUUCUUGUUUUCAAAGAGAAGUGAAAUUGAAUGUACCCUCCCAUCCGCCCAUGCAUUUUUCUAUCAAAGCAUCCAAUAGUGUCCUCUUGGUAUAUCCAUUGAGUCUAGUUAGGUCCUUUAUGGAUUCACUUACACAGUUGCACUUCACACGCCAUGGCCCAGUUGCAUGUGGUUGUAUUAAUCUUAAGAAGAAGAAUUAAUCAUAAAAAGCAGAAGAAAGUAACGAAGGCUUUCAUCUUUAAAAAUAAGAGGUAAUGGGAUCUGUGUCCAUCUGGUUCAGUUAGGCCAGAAAAUUAGCUCCUGUAGAAAAAGAUAAUCCUGUAGCUUGCAAAGGAAUAGUACGUGUUGGUGACAAUGAAGAAUCAAAGUCUGUAAUUUCAGGAAAGAAAAAAAAUGAGAUGGAGAGAAAUGAUCUACUUGUAUCAUCAGAUUUCUUAGUAGAUGUGGGGCCUUGGGAUACAAUCUUGCUUCUUUGAAAUCAGUGGAAAGCUGGAAUAUGCCCACUUGUUCUCUGUCCAGUAAAGAUGCAGGGACAGCAAUUGGUACAUGGGGUCCAAGCCCAGAAAUAUCCUCUAUUCAUUUCUCUGGAAAUGGACAUGCAUGUCAUCCAGAGACACAAACUGGGAAAUCUGUAAACAUAGAGCUCUUAAUCAGCCUAUACUUCAUUGGCUGUGAUUGCAAAAAUUAAGCACAGCUGGCCAGAUGCAUGGUAGGGCCUUCUGGAUCUGCUGAAAAGUCAUGAAUGAAAUUUUAAUCACAUGGUUGAAAAAGAAGGGAGGAGAGGCUAAGCUUUCGUUCACUUUGAACAAUCUGUGGAAUGCUUGAAUUCUGUUUUUGAGUUUUACUUUUAAAAACUGAAUAAGCAAUUUGUUCUUCUGUAAAUCAAUUUUCACUUUUGAUGACUUCUUUUUUGUUUGGUUUCAUAUGAUUUGUUUAUUAUGUGGAAAGAGAAUUAAGCAAUGGUUUGGGGUUGUUCAGGGAUUUAUUAUUAUUAAUUAUUGUUACAACAUGUCUGUGUAAAUUUAUUUCAUUUCAUCUUUUUGUUUCCUUCAUUUUUAUUUGUGUGUAUUGUGCACAAAACAGAGAAACAGUGAAUACACUAAUUGUGAUCAAUGGUACACCAAGGCACAGAAAAUAAAUCUAUCAUUUGUUCUGA